GUUGAACGUCGCGAGCCAGGUCACAAUCAACCGACAACGUCGCCGCGAGGCGCAGUCGCAAACAUGGUCACGACGCUCACCGACGUCUUUUACCCGUCGUCGGCGCUGGCGUCGGUCAUCUUGAGCUUCCAAGGCGGCGUCGACGGCGUGCUCCGAGCUUACCUCGAGCACUUCUAUCGUACGACAUGGCACGCCGGCGAUACGCCCGGGCCCAACUGGAGUUUAUGGAACGGCCUGCUCGAGCAAGAGAUGCGCCCCGGCUACUACGCGCGGCUGGACCCGAACGACCUUAUUGCGGCCAAGUGCACGGUGAUUGAAGAGAACGCGAGCUACACCUUGGAGCUGCACGCGGCGAUUGCGCACGGCGACGCCGACCUGGUUGCGCGCUACCUAGCACGUUGGCCAGACAGAGUGACCGCCGAGACGUUUGCGUGCGCGUGCAUUUAUGGGCAUAACGCCCUCGCCGUCACGCUCGUGGCGAUGCCAUGGCGCGCGCCCUCGUGGAUCGAGCGGAUGCUCCAAGUGGUCCCAAUGACAGCCGUGCCCGUGCUCGCGGUGGCCUGCAACGACGCCGACUUGUUGUCGCUGCUGACGGCGCACUACGAAUGUGCAUGGUCGGCCAGCGCGAUGCUAGCUGCAAUCCACCAGCGCUGCGACGUGUCAGUGCAGUACCUCUACACGCACCACCGGACGGCGACGGCGAUCGACAACCUCUUGGACCUCGCGGCGGCCGCGGGCUUGCUCUCGUUAGUGCAAAUACUGCAUGUGGAUGGUUUUGCCUGCACAACCGCCGCCAUGGACGACGCGGCCACCAACGGCCAUUUGGAGGUCGUCCGCUUCUUGCAUCUGUAUCGUAAUGAAGGCUGCACGACAGCGGCCAUGGACGGCGCCGCGUCGAACGGACACCUGAAUGUCCUUGCUUUUCUGCACACAACGCGCCGCGAAGGCUGCUCGGACCGCGCAAUCGACGGCGCGGCCGCCCUCGGGUCGAUUGUGCUACUCGAGUACCUCUACGAAAACUGCGGCCGUCGCCCUACAUAUAUGACCCUCUACCGCGCUCUCCAGCAUGGCCGCUACGGAGCUUUCAUGUGGAUGCUCGAUGUCGCGAAGCCGCGCCAGCCCGGCUAUUACGGACCUCUAAGAUGGCUGCUCGAUGUCGCGCAGCCGUGCCUCAUUGAGAGUGAGUUUCAACGAUUUCUCCACUUCGUGGCCGGCGCCCCUUCCUAUGAUCCGCGCAUACUGGCUGCACUCCUUGCGUGCCGGCGCGACAAGGACGGUUCAUUGGGCUCACUUCAACUCGUGCGCAGAGCGCUGCUCCAUGGUCACGUCGCAUUGGCCAACGAAGCGCUGCUGCACGGCGGCGCGGUGCCCGACAUGUUCGCAGUGCAGGAAGUGCGCACGAUGGCGGCGCGUCCUUUGGUGGUCGAGCUGGUCGACCUCUUGCACGCCCACGGCGUCGAUGUCUACACGGCAGAGUGGGUCCAAGCAGCGUGUGACGUCGGCGCGUGGCCGCUGUGGCAGCGCGUGUGCGAGCGCGGCGCGCACGGCGUCCAGAUGGAGCGUCUUCUCCACUGCGCCCGGCGCCACGGUAAAAACAUUAUCGAGAUGGUCCAUGUCCCCGGCGUCGCACCGCCGACGCUCGAGACGCUCGAGUAUUGCAUGCGUCUUGGUUUGAUGGACGUCUUCGAGGCGCUCUACACUGCGUACCCGAGUCUAUUUUCCCACGCAGCGUUGGAAACCAUUGUCGAGCGGACAGCGUUUCCACAUACGGUACCGUUCCUUGCGUUUGCGCUCGACAAGAAGUUUGGCACGGCAGCGGCGAUCGAUGUCGUACGUGCGCCGCGCCGGGCCCGACCCCUAUUGCUCGCCCACCGCCCCGCCCACAAGCAAGUGGCCACGUCAGCCGGGUUUUCUGCUCCGCUGUAGCGCAACAGUCUCGACAUCGACGAUAAAUAACAAUACGAGCAAGGUCCUAACCAAA